AUGGCUGGCCGCGCAGACUGCUCCGCGUGGGCUUGGGCUUGGCGCGGGCGCGCGGCGUCAGCGGAGGCGCGGGCGCUGGCGGGCACGCGAGUCGGGCGGCGGCGCGGGGCUGGCCGCGGCGGUCGCGGGCCCCUGGGGCCCGUGCCGCGCGCCCGCGCGCCCCGCGUCCCGGCGCGCGCCCGCGUCCUCGCCCGCCACCUUCACUGCGCGGCGCCGCGCCACGCGGCACAAGCGGCCGGCGCAACACACACUAAGCGGCACUGGCGGAGCGCGCCACCGGUGGCGCUCCGACGCAAGCGCGCGCGCCCAGGGCACACUGCCGCGCCGCGCCGCGACACCAACAGCCCGCGCGCGUCAGCAACCGCCCCCGCCCCCGCGCGGUUGGGUGCUACAUGCGAACGCUACAGCCGCGGGCGACCGUCGCAUGCGAUUGUUGCGCGCUGCGGUGGCCAACGGUUGCAUGCAAUGGUUGCUCGCUGCGAUGACCGGUAUUGUAUUCUCAUCAUGGGCAUCACUGGAUGUUAUUUGAUUUGGGCAUAUUUAAAGCCAUGUAACUCAGGAUGUUUGUACGAAACAUCUGGCAACCCUGUGUCCACCUCAAGGGAAGAGAGCUCGGUCACAACACGCAGACAUAACAUACAAACAUCAUCCACCGUCGUUACUGACAACGUACAAAGCGGGCCGCUGGAGGGAGGGGGCGAGGACGGAGGCGGCGGCGGCGGCGGGGGCGGCGAGACAAGAGUGGUUGUGGUAUUCAGGCGGCCAUGGGUGGGUGCGGAGGGACUGUGCAGGCGAUUCUUUUUGAGAGCGUGGCGCGAUGGUGGCGCUGCCGUCGCCGCCGCCGCCGCAGCGGAGACAAAUAUUCGGCGUGCAAUAAAUUCCCUCGGGAGCGUGGUGCAAAAACAAGGCCAACGCGAGUCGCGCAGUCACCAUACGGCGAGGGUGCCACUGACGGCCGUCAGAGCUGGUGUUUGGGCCUCCCGUGCGGGACUUCCCCUCUCCGCAGGAACUCGAUGCGCGAUUUAUUUGCGCGACGGGGGACACACUGGGCGAAGAAGAGGGGUGGGGACUGGAUGCAGCUCGUCAAGAGGGGAACGGGGCAGAAAAGGCACCGAGGGUCGCACCCCGCCAAGACGUACGCAAGCAGGAAGGGCGGGCGCGGAGCGUCUGAAGGGCCGAGGCACGCGCAAAGGGAAAGGUCUUCUGUGCAAGUCCCUCCCCAAGGAGUUGGCGGGAUGGAAGGGCGGGAGAUUAAAACAGACGGACGAGCCGGGGGAAGACCCCUUAUCAUUUAUAAUUACACCCAGCGGAGGCGGAGGGAGGGAGGGAGGAAAGGGGGACGAGCAUGGGUCUUGGACACAAGCUCUCAGCAGUGACGACCGUCGCGUAGCAGUUAACGGACGUCAAACGCCAGAAUGCAAACGAUGUUCAUUAUGUCAAGACUCCAUAAAGAAUAGUGCUUCUCGUAUACGUAUUUUCAUUAUUGAUAUCUAUCGUCGUUGUGAUGAAUUACAUGAUGGAGAUAGAGUAGUACUGAUUCUUCUGGACGUGCAGGUGCUGGGGAAAAGGCUGGUAGCGGCGGCGGGGCAGGCGAAGGUGUCUGGAGGCAGGAACGCGCCUCAAGCAGUGGGCGUGCGGGCGGGCGCCAGGGCGCGUGGGCGGCGAGGCAGGGGCGACGGAAAGGCGGCGCGGAGGCUGUAUGUGUGGGGGCAGGUGCUUUUUGAAAGAUACUACAUGAAUAGUGAUACGGAGUGGAAAAUGGAAAAGCAGUCUCAUAUUCCUUACAACUUUUUUGACCCCGUCGGUGCGAGAAUUUACUCGGAUGCUACUCUCGUCCAGUAUCUCAUCCAGCAUCUUGAUCCUCGUCCUUCAUCUUGUCUCUGUCCCAGCUUCUUGAACCAGUUUGAAUAUCGUGUGUUAGCAUUCCUGCGAUUGGAAGAUGCUGGUGUACUCUUAAUUACUCCAACUCAGAAUUUGUAUUCAAAAACAUAA